CUACAAACAAUGCUUUUGUCUAUUCAGGCAUGAGAAUUACACUUCAACCUUGGCUAGAUUUGUUGAAUAAAGCUCCACAAAAUCACUACUUUGCUGGGAGUAGUCCAUCGAGCAUUCGCCAGUGCUAUUCAGAUUCAAGAUUCGUUCACGAGCUUCACCGGCUGUACAAUCUUCAAAAGAAAGUAAUGCAAGAACUCGAAAUAAACGGACUCGUGAAAAAACGCAAGGAGAACUUGUUCUCCUCCAGCUGGCACGAAACAAGCUACGUACAUAUCUCCCAAAACCAAAAUGACCUGAAAGCGACUAACGAGGAAAAUGAUUUGGAGGUCGAAUUAACACUAGGCAUCGGGCAAUGCACUAGGAGGAACAGAGGUUUGAUAAACGAGACUAAUAAGUCGAACACUGGGUCUUGUUCAAGAAGAAUGAAUAAUGGAGAUUCUGGGUUGUCUAUGAAUAACAGUAGCUCGAGUAGUUAUAAUGCCUAUCAAGAAAAGAAUACACGGCCACAUUGGCUUAUUCGGGAUUUAAGCUCAAAUAGAACA